CCCUGCAGAAACAGCACGAUGCGAACCCGGAGACAGCAGGCGCCUCCUCCUUCCACGAGAAUGAACUUGAGGAGUUACCGGAGUUCGCCUCUGGUUCCCUUAGAGUCCUCCUCCUCCUCUUCCUCAGACGAUAGCUGUGACAGCUUCGGUUCCGAUGGAUUUGCAGCUACGAAGAGGCCCCCUCGACGGGCACAGAGCUCAGUUCAGAACCGCAAAGUAUCAGCCCCCUCUGUGUGCGAGGACGAAGCCUGUCGGGGCUUUGAGGAAGACUCCUUCAGUAAAGACAUGAGUGCCAUGAAAAUGGAGUCUGACUCUGAGACGUCUGAGCUGCAGAAGAGAUCUCGCCGCUCCUUCACACUUCGAGUGGCCAUGAAGUUCCCCAGCAGAAAAGCCAACCAGAAGAAACCUGUGAGCCCACAUUCCGCCUCCAGACCCAGAGACCCUGAGUCAGACCCUGAGGGGGUGGACGACUUCAUUGUGAAGCGCGCUCUCAACAUCAAAGAGAACAAAGCAAUGUUGGCUAAGCUAAUGGCAGAGUUAAACAAAGUCCCCGGACUCGUCCCUCAGAGAAUGUCUCUGCCCGUGACCAAUGUGCCCCGCCGUGGCCCUCGCCGUUCGCUGGCAAGCCCUGGGGUCCUCCGGAGGAACCCGGAACGUCUGACGCGGCCCCACACCCGAUCCCGCUCCCUGGUGGAAGGCCCGCCCACUCCCCCGUCUGAAGAGCACCCAGAGGAUCGCUUUAACCUGGUGCGGAAGAGCAGAUACUGCGAGGAUGAUGACGAACCGGAGCCCCGACGUCGGCGCAGCUACAAUGGCAUUCUCGCCAUCCCUCACGUUGUGAGGCCCGUGGAUGAGAUCACCCAGGCCGAGCUGGACGACAUCUGCGUCAACGUCCGGGAUAAGAUCUACAACCGCUCCACUGGCACCACCUGUCACCAGUGUCGGCAGAAGACGAUCGACACAAAGACGAACUGCCAUAACCCGGAGUGUGUGGGGGUUAGAGGGCAGUUCUGCGGCCCCUGUCUGCGGAACCGCUACGGAGAGGAUGUCCGGAAUGCGCUUCUGGACCCUGAUUGGCGCUGCCCCCCGUGCCGCGGCAUCUGUAACUGCAGCUUCUGCCGGGCCAGAGACGGUCACUGUGCUACAGGCGUGCUGGUCUACCUGGCCAAGUACCACGGCUACAACAAUGCCCAUGCCUACCUGAAAAGUUUGAGGAAGGAGUUGGAGGAGAACAAGUGAGCCGGAACAGCGCUCCGGGUUGGUCCCCACGAUGGCCCGCCUUCAUGUUCCGCUCUGUUCUUUCUGGGAUUUCGGAGUUUCAUCACAAGUUCCUGUGCCUUUUAAGUAGACAGUUCACUGGUCUACAUUUUAAAUGUUAAAAUGUACAUUGUUUUAAAUGUAUACACUUACCAAGUUGUAGGUCACUUGGUGGCAUUUUUAAAACAUUCAGAAAGCCUGUACUGUAAAAUACUGAUGGUAUGUUGUCAUUUAACCAAAAUGCGAAUUUUAUGAAAGUGUUAAUCCAUGAGUAGAUAAUCACGUUUCAAAUAACUGAUUGUUUAAAAAGCCAUUUGAAAGCCUUUUUUAAAUUGAUUUUUUGUUGCCCCUUUGUAUUUUGACUUGUGGUCAAAUAAAGACCCCGGGGACCAGUAA